ACCCUGAAGGACCUGAGAGGGACUGAAUAAUAAUAAUAAUGGAAGGUCAAACUAGCAAGCCGCGUGUUGCCCACGAAUUCAAAAUAAGACAUCUCCGCUGGAGUCCGACGCUGACGUCAUCACUUCCUUCGUGUUACACAUAAAAACGUAACAACUCUUCAACCAAACACUUCUCUGUCUCCUCUCAUGUUCCAACCCAAUUGAAUACAAACAUCGUCAACCUUCCCAUUCUCUCCAAUUCACUCUUGUUUUUUCCUCAUCUGAGUCCAUGGCAGAUUCCGGGAAAAUCCUCGAAGUCCCGGAAAACUCAUCAAGACCCUCUUUCUUCAUUCGUUCCCUGACCAUGUCUCGUCAUCAUUACUCAUCAUCGUCAUCUUCAACAACAACAACCACAGCUCAGAAGAAGCCUUACCUCAACCGCACCAGCUCCUUGAAGAAACUCUUCACCUCCGUCGUCGAACCAAGGGUCAAGAAACUCAAAACCAUCUUGGAAGCCAUCAAAACGACGCCGUCCUCCUCCCGGACCCCAGACGACAAUGAAGAAGACAAAACGACACCUCGCUUGCCGGGAACCGAGGAUCGGAUAGUGGUUUACUUGACCAGCUUAAGAGGAGUUCGAAGGACUUACGACGACUGUUACGCCGUGCGGAUGAUCUUCGGAGGGUUCCGUCUCUGGGUCGACGAGCGAGACGUGUCGAUGGACUCGGCCUACAGGAAAGAGUUGCAGACUGUUCUGAAGAGGAAGCCCAAUUUGCCUCAGGUUUUCAUAAGAGGGAACUACAUUGGUGGCGCUGACGUGAUCAAACAACUCUUCGAAAGCGGCGAAUUGGCCGAGACUCUUAAGGGUUUUCGGGUUCGAGAAGCUGGGUUUGUGUGCGAGAGCUGUGCGGAUGUGAGGUUUGUGCCGUGCUGGAAUUGCAGUGGCAGUAGGAAAGUGUUUGAUGAAGAUCAAGGGUUGCUCAGUAGAUGCUUGGAGUGUAAUGAGAAUGGCUUGAUUCGAUGCCCUCAUUGCUCUUCCUCUUGAAUGUAGAAUAUGCAGUAAGCUCAAUCAAACUAAGCAUCGUCUCUUCUUUUUUCCAUUUUGGCCAUUAUUAUGAUAGUAAUGUAAAUAUUUAGCUUUGUAAUGACUAUUGUAUAUGGAGUAUUAUAAGAGAUGCUUGUAGACUAGUGUGUAACAAUAGUAAGUUUAUUAAUUCCAUUGCCCUGAAGUGAACUGCUGUUCUUGACUCUA